ACCCUCGUUCUCUUCGUCCCCCAGAUCUAGUCCAGCGAUCUUGACGCCUGCCUCUGCCCAUGCAGACGCCACCGAGACCCCUCGACGCCGCAACCCGUAGCCAGAAAUGGCAGUUUCCUUCCUUGUAUCAGCGUCGGUGUUGCUUCUAGCCUUGUUUUGCCACCAUGCCACAGCCCUCCAACAAAUCACCCACGACCAAGGGUGUGUACAUCUUCCCAUCGUUCACUCGACGAACGUCGAGCACUUCUCAAACAAACGGGGUAUCCAGCUACAGCUAGCCAACCGGUCCGACGUCGCUUACUAUGCUCAACUCAGCCUCGGCACACCACCACAGCCUGUCUUUGUACAGUUGGACACGGGGUCGUUUGAACUAUGGGUAAACCCGGAUUGCACGACGGUAUCAGGUUCCGACACUGUUUUCUGCGAACGGGCCGGCCAUUAUGACUCUACCAAGUCCUCGACAGCGACGUCCCUCGGAACCACCCGGACCCUGCGUUACGGGAUCGGCGCGGCUAACAUUUCCUACUUCACCGAUACGAUUUCACUUGCUGGGAGUCCCAUGGCAUUGCGGGAUGUUCAGUUCGGCGUGGCCACCGCGACGGAAGAUGCAUUCUCGGGUAUCCUAGGGAUAGGGUACGGGAAAGGCAUUGCCACAAGGUACCUCAACUUUGUCGACCAGCUGCGGGAACAGAAUGCGACGAGGGUCAAAGCGUACACCCUCGCGCUGGGGAGUAAGGAUUCCCGGGAGGGUGUCAUCGUGUUUGGGGGUGUCGACACGUCCAAGUUCGCCGGCAAGCUGGCCAAGCUGCCGAUUCUCCCAGCCGCCCGAUCGCCCGACGGCGUCCCCAGGUUUUGGGUUGAUAUGGAGUCUCUUUCCAUCACGCCCCCGAGCGGCGUGAAUGCGGUCUACGAGGGCAGCGCCAUGCCCGUGUUUCUCGACAGCGGAUCCACCAUGACGCUUCUACCGGAAAACCUCACGAGUGCUGUGGCCAGAGACUUUGGCGCCGAUGCCCCGGAUGCAAAUGGGUUCUACAUGAUCGACUGCGCCCUGACGACCAUGAAUGGAACUCUCGACUUUGCCUUCAACGGGAUGACUGUCAAGGUGCCCUACAAGGAGCUUACCCGGGAGGUUGCCAGUACCCCACCGUCCUGCUUUCUCGGUAUCAUGGCGAGCGAGAAGUUCACGCUGCUUGGAGAUACCUUCCUACGAUCGGCCUACACUGUAUUUGACCUCGAAACCGACUCGAUAUGGAUGUCGCAGGCCAGCAACUGCGGUUCGUCACCGGCAGCACUGAGCAACAUACAGGACCUGUCGGCAGUGGUUGGCGCCUGCGGGCAACCGGAGGGUAUAGAUACCACGAGCACCACGCAGUUUCCCAGCACGGGAGUUGACGACAACGAACUCAGAGUUGUCCCAACAAGCACAGCUAGCUUUGGGCCGCAAACCUCGGUGGUAACUCCGCAGGACCAGGCGGCGAGCCCUACACCUGAUAGCUCGGGAUCCUCCCUGAGAGCGGCUGGGCUCAUCGGGAGCUUGGGAAUGGUGGGUGCGGUGCACUUGUUUGUGGGGGGUGUAUGACAAUGCACCAGAAGGGGAGUUUUUUUUGCUGGCAAUACCCUAGUUUUGCAUUCAUGUGGUUGAUCUACAAUUAUUAAUGGCAAUUACGAAUAACCUAACCUCGUUGAGGU